AUGGAGGGGGUCCACCUGGUGCACAUCGAGAUGAGGGAGCUGGGCUCAGCUGCAAGGCAGCAGCUGGACACUUCCAAGGCAUCCACUGUCAGCACGAAGAGAGCACUUCGUGCGGAGCAGAGAGGAGGAGAAGAGGAUGUGAAGGUGAGGACGCUAACUCCGAAUAUCUUGAGGGUCUCCUGGAGUCGUGGAGCAGCAGCUGCGCAGGACCGAUCCCCACCUCUGGCCUCUCCUCAACACAGUCCAGGACAAACGGUGAGGAGGUCGACGAGGAGGAGAAAAGAAGAGGAGGAGAGAGACGAGGCUCCGUACUGGAAGUCAAGCCUGUUCGAGUACAGGGACGUGAGGAAAAGCAACACACUGCUGAUGCAAAAGUUGUUCGACAACAGGCAGCAGCACCUGGAAGACAGCAGGAACAGAGUUGAGGUAUUUCCAGACAUCAAGGCAGACUCCUUCUCGAUCGCCCAGGGGUCGGCGGAUCAGAGGCUGGGCUCGAGCUUCCUUUCUGUCAGCUUCGAGAGCCCUGCCGAGAGUCAAAGCAGAGGGUUGUCGCCGAUGAGUGAAAACAUGUCAAGGGGGUUGAACUCUGCCAAUGCAUCUCCUGCGCGAUAUUUCCACCCUCAUUCUCAGACGUACCCCAAGAGAGAAGGGAGGAGGACGAUUAUCAGAGACGAGCAUCCUGCAACGAAGGAUAGCUCAGAGGCGGAAGAAGUGUACUUGAAGCAGAUGGAGAAUUUGUCGAGGACGAUGGUCCGAUCUGCUGACGAUGUUUCACUUCCUAGAAAGGAUCCCUUGUUUCCCCGUCCUCUCCCACCUCGAUGCCGGGUAAGCGCGUCUAAGAAGUCGAUCGAGGAUCAGCUGGCAAGGACGGGGAGAACCUCGCUCGUCGCUUCGCCGCGGGAAGAGAACGGGGAGGAGAGGCGAGACGGGGAGCAGCUGGCAGGCCUGAGGAUCGAUGCUGAUCACGGGGUCCGAUCUCUGCUGGACUCCUCCUGGUCCCGGGGCUCGUCCAGGACGAUUGACAGCAGACAGUUCGUCUCCUCCAUCCAGGAGAUGCCCUGGAUGACUGACGGGCGGGGGGAGAAGCUGCGGCUCAAGGAGAAGAAGAGGAUAACGAGGUCCUCGACCCCUGACACCCUCCUGGCAGCUCAGAGGACGCGGCCUGACGUCCACUACUUCGACAUCUACACCAAGGACCACGCAAGGCAGCACAAGCACAUGAUCCGGCUUGUGGAGUCCAUCCAGAGGAACGUGAGGAAGGAGAAGAAAAAGAGGAGGAGCGCGAGCCCGACCUCCUCGGACGAGGAUGCGAAACACACGACGACGAUGGAGCGAGGCAGCUCGGAGCAGGAGCACGCGUCUCCUCCCGGUGCUCAGAGGUCACAGAAGCUGCUGCCUGUGCAACAGGCCAAGUCGGGCGACAUGCAGGAGGCGACAGCCGUACUGGUGGAGCAAGUGAACCAGUCCCUCCACCGGGUCAUCCUCAAGGCCCCGGGCCAGCAUGUGAAGCUUCAGAUGAGGAGGGAGGUAGAGGAGGACCGGGAAACAAUCUUUCUCGCCAUUGCCAGCUCCCCUGCAGCCUCUGCUGACUCCUUUGAGUUCCUCGUCUCGACUGCCAACAAGCACGAGAUGUCAACCUCCGCGCUGCUGUCAAAGGCACAGCAGCGUCCCACGCAGGGUACCAAUUGCUGGAUCUCGUCGCCACUGGGAGAAGGGUUCAAUGUGACAGGGCAUGGAGAAGAAGCGAUGGCAGUAAACCAUUGUCAGGUGGAGGAAAUGCUUGACAAGUCUUCGACACUUUGUUUCUUUGCCUCCGGGGCAGGCAUCGCUCCUAUCAAAUCCUGUAUAGAAAGUUGCUCCUGGACCUCUUGUAGCCCCAAAAUUUUCUUCAGCGUAACAGGACAAGCAAGCGAGACGUUGCAGGGAUGGAUGAGGAGGUGGGAAGAGAGCGGCGUCGUCAUCCGACUUCCCUCUAAGGACAGAGGGACAAGACUGGAGGACUUCUGUGUCCCAGAGGAGCUCGCAGAACCCGCGCGCACAGUAGCGGUCCUCUGUGGGAACACAGAGAUGUGUCUUACGGUCAAAGAUCGGCUGCUCCUCCUCGGAGUGCUCCAAGACAACAUCAAGAUCUUGUGA